GGUUUGCACCCAUUUUCUACAGUAGACGCCCCUGAAUUUCGGGAGAUGACAAAGGUUCUCAAUCCAAAAUACAAAGCCCCCAGCAGGGAAAGCUUAACCAACCACUUAAUCCCUGCUUGGUAUGGUGUGGAAAAGGGAAAUGUGAUCUCUGAACUGAAAACAGUGUCAAAGGCAGCUAUCACGGCUGAUGGGUGGACAAGCUUUUGUCAGGAUCAUUAUCUCACGGUUACUCUGCACUACGUGAGCAAUGGCCAGGUAAAGGAAAAGGUCCUAAAAACCAAAGCCGUGUACCAAUCUCAGACAGGCUCAGCUGUAGCAGAGGAGAUUGAUUACAUUUUAGAAGAAUAUGGUGUACGGGAAAAGGUUGUGGCAGCAACUGUAGACAAUGCAGCGAACAUGGAUGUAGCCAUCAAACAGCUGCAAAUUGUCAAAUUUCCAUGCUUCGCUCAUACGCUGAACCUGGGAGCGCAAAAGCUGUACAACUGCACUGCCAUAUCCAAUUGGGCAGCACGAGUUCGAGCAGUUGUUGUCUGGAUGAAGAGGUCCCACAUGGCAAAAGUUGUUCUUAAAGAGAAACAAGACUUGCUCAAGCUGCCCAAGCACAUGCUCCUCCUGGAUGUAAGGACCAGAUGGAAUUCCCUCUAUUUGAUGAUGGAGAGAUUCACCGAGCAGUUCCCUGCUAUCCAGGCUGCAGCCAUAGAUCCACGCAUAAGAAGGCCCAUGGAGAAGGAAAGGUUGGACAGAAUAGGCAACGAGGACUUAAGGAAAGCAGAGGAGUUUGUGCAUCUCAUGCGGAAGCAUUACACCUCCACACUGGCCGUCUCCAGCGACAAAAGUGCAACCUGCGGUGAGAUUUUGCCCAUCUUGCAGAAGCUGGAGCAACAGUACACUGUGCAGGAAGGUGACUCUGCGUUCACAAGGAGCAUCAAGGAGAACAUUUGGAAGGAUCUCUCCAAACGCUACCAGGGAACUGACAUUCAGAGAUUCCUGGAGGAAGCCACCAUCUUGGACCCCAGAUUUAAAUACAAAGUGAAAAGUGAUGCAGUCUGGGACAGGAUCAGGGAAGCUGCAAUAACAGCAAAUACAGUGGCAGCAAGAGAUGAGCUCCCAGGGGAAGGAGAGACACAGAGGGAAGGCUGCGAAGAUGGGGAGGAGGAAGAAGUAGAGGAACACUAUGCACUGCCACCACCAUCAAAAAAGACAGCCUUGGAAGAACUAUUCGAGGAGGAGGAACAACGAGCUGCAAAGGUGGAUCAGGAAAUCCAGUUCUACAAAAGCCUGCCCUCCAUCCCCUGCAGGGAUAGCGCCGCACUGUGGUGGUGGAACAAGCAGGAUACGCUGCCCUUGCUAUCUGGACUGGCUGAAAACUACCUCUGUGUGCAGGCUUCCUCCACCCCAUCUGAGAGGUCUCCCCCACCUCUAGCAGGAGACGAGGAGUGUGGAGAGGGACCGAAACACAGUGAAUGA